AGAAAUGUAAGGGACGGCAGGGACCUAAACGCCAAACGCCCACGGCCCAAUUCCAAAUGUCGCUGCGGCUACUUAAGGCGGCCAUAGCCUCUCCUCCUUCCUCCUCCACAGCUGCACCACCUCUCCGAUUCCCUCUCUCUGUUCCAUCUCCGCCUUCGCUCGGAAGAACCCAUCUCUGCAUUCUCAGGGCCUUCGCUUCUCCUUCCUCGUCUUCUUCCCUUUUGUCUGGGAGGCGUUCUUUCCUAUCCUAUUCUACAUCUACCGCCACCACCGCCAUGGGCGAAGUUGCUGAUGCAACAAUGGACGCUGUCCAGAAGCGACUGAUGUUCGAGGACGAGUGCAUUUUAGUUGAUGAGAAUGAUCGUGUUGUUGGUCACAACUCCAAAUACAAUUGUCACUUGAUGGAAAAGAUUGAAUCUGAAAAUUUGCUUCAUAGAGCUUUCAGUGUAUUUUUGUUUAAUUCAAAAUAUGAGUUACUCCUUCAGCAACGAUCUGUAACCAAGGUCACAUUUCCUCUUGUGUGGACAAACACCUGCUGCAGCCACCCACUAUACCGUGAAUCUGAGCUUAUCGAAGAGAAUGCCCUUGGUGUAAGAAAUGCUGCUCAAAGAAAGCUUUUGGAUGAACUCGGUAUUUCUGCUGAAGAUGUUCCAGUUGAUCAGUUCAUGCCACUUGGCCGCAUGCUGUACAAAGCGCCAUCAGAUGGCAAGUGGGGGGAGCAUGAACUUGACUACUUGCUCUUUAUUGUUCGGGAUGUUAAUGUGCAUCCAAACCCUGAUGAAGUUGCCAAAAUUAAAUAUGUGAACCGGGAGCAGCUGAAAGAGCUGUUGAGAAAGGCAGAUGCGGGUGAAGAGGGUCUGAAGCUGUCCCCUUGGUUCAGGCUGGUGGUGGACAAUUUCUUGUUGAAGUGGUGGGAACAUGUUGAGAAGGGAACCCUUAAGGAAGCUGCUGACAUGAAAACCAUUCACAAGUUGACUUAAAGAAGUCUGUUCGUGGUGGUUUGCGGCUCUUUUUAUUCCCUCUAUAAAAAAUAAACUAUAAUAAUUUUGGUUGUUCCAAAUAAUAAGCUGAUUUUCAGGUGUAUUUUGUCCUUGAACAAACUUUUAUGUAGUAGAAUUUUGUGCUGUGUAUUGUUUGUUGGGACGUGAGUUUUAUUUGGACUUUUUGGUUUUUGUGGUUUGGGGGACCUCAACAAGAAAGCUUUUGUCUUGCAAAUUGCAAAUCUAAGAUGUGUUGACUUUCUUUA